AUGGUGCUCCACUCGUUCCUGGAUCCAAGAGUUCCUGGAUUUGGAAGGCAGAUGACACCGACAUGUCGGGAAGACGAUGGAUGUCUCGCGUUUCCUACACCCACCUCACAAGGGGAAGUCAAUGGUAUUUCGUCGACAUGGACGCCGCAAGAAUCACAGCUAGAUCCCCAAGGAGUAGACGAAAUCCAAGGUCCAUUGUCAACUCCUGUCAAUGGCGUCCUCGAGCCUAGCAACACACAAUCCGUCGAUCCCAACCUUUCUCAACCUGAUCUUACUAGCAUCGCGACUACGAUAACAGACAACACGGGAUCUGCCAUGAAUAUGAAGACAACGAUCAAUGUUACAGUACCACCGAGCUCAAGUGCCACACUCAGUACAUCAACGUCGAUGGCGCCAGAUCCAGGUCCAGCAACUGUUGGAACUGUGGAAGCCGCGGAGAAUGGCCACAACACCAACAGACUCAGCGCCGGAGAAGUGACCGGUGUCGCUAUGGGAACCUUCAUCCUCGGCGCAAUCCUGGCGUUUAUCGCUGCAUUCUUCCUGUUUAAGCAAAGAAACAAGCACAAAAGUUCCAACGUCAACAGGAAGGAUUAUCCAAGCUAUGGCGACUCUGCGCCCGAUCUAGCUAUGAUGCAAUCCAAGAGUGCCAGCAGUCUAGUAGGGCGACAUAGUCCCUACGUACAGGUUUCGCAAAUACCUCUGCCAGCGCCGCUGGCUGCUCACCCACCUUCUCCAAUCCCUGCCACUGUUUUUAUACCAGCAAGUGCGUCUCGAGAUAUCACUGCUUUCUUACCACCUGCGGCAGACAACGAAGAGGUGUGGAACGAAGUCUCUCAUUUGUUCGCCUUGAUGCAUGAGCAUGUAGAAAAGUAUUACCGAGACGUCAAUGCCAUCAUUACCCCAAGUAUGGAACCUGGGAUUGCCGAGUUUGGAGCCAAGGAGGUGGACAUGGCAGAACUUCUGCAAGAAUGUACAAGCUCAACAGCGGCGCUGAAGCAUGCCCUCGUAACAUAUGUACUGGGUAUAACGGAGCCGAGGCAGAAAGACGACGUUGAAGGGACACUGUUUCCCAAAGAGCUUUACACAGCGCAUGCUGAGAAUCAUAUGAAUGUUGUCUCUGAUCCGGAUCUCGUAGCAGCUACCUCGCUGCAUCGCCGCAUAUCUGUCUAUCUCUACAGCAACAUCACUGGCAUGCCAAAUCGUCGCAGAUCUUGGACGGCUCAAUCGAACGUUCGUGAAGCGGCGGAACACUUCUCUCUUACUUUCUUCCCGUGGGCCAACCCUACGUCCAGCGACCAAGACAAAGAUGAAGAUCUUGCGCGCAUCAUUACAGACACGCUGACGAUGAGGAUAUGGCUCUUUGGGCAGUUGGACACCUAUGACUUUGAGUGGGAGGGAGUUGGUGAGAGAGGUAUCGUCAUCAACCCGAGUUUGUUGAAGCGGAAACGUCAAGAGGGUGACGGCGAUGAUUCAAUAUUUCAGCUGGUGGAAGGCGCCAUCGUUGCUAUGUAG